AUUGCUCCUGUUAUUUAUUGUGCGAAAUUGCAUAUAAACAAUGGCCACCGAUAGGAAGGCAUCCUCUCUCAACCGUGUUUGGGUCAUCAUACACCGCAAUGAUUUGUCAUCUGAGAUAGAAGACAAAUCAAAAUCUGUUCCACGGUGUGUGAUUCUACCUCAAGAGAGCCCCACCCCAGAGAUUCAAGAUAUCUUCAGGGUUAGUCUGGCAUUACAAGAUGAAAACUUGGUUAUGAAGCUGCGUAACAACCGUGGUUCUCUCAUUCCAAUCAAUGGAUUCAUCACACCAAAUUCAAAGUUUCAACCAUAUGUCCUUGAAGUUACAAGACGUUACCAGAAUGUAAAGCCCAUGAAGCGAUCAGUGAAGAUAAAUGGUUACAAUGAUAUUAUCAAGCAAAGGCUGCAGCAGAUUGUUAAGAGAAUUGACAAGUUAGAGCAAGCUGUCCCUGAAAUGAAAACAAAAAGAGAAGCCACCAUUGCAAAGGGUAUGACUGAUUUGAAUGUAAAGAUGACAUUCCUCAACACACGGAUGCAUGAAGCAGAGUCCACUAAAUGGCAAGGCAUGUUUAAAAAACAUCCCCUUUGGUAGGAUACGAUUCGGUUUAUUCUUGUUUCUUCUUUACGUUCUGCUGUUUAUUCAAAUCCUCCCUAUUGAAAAUGUGAAUUUCUAUUGAAAAAAGAGGGGGAUAAUUCAUCCUGGUUGAUGCUUCAUAAAACUGUUUGGAAGUUCAGAGCAACUUUAAGAAUGACUGGUGAUCCUUUCUUGUGGUAAAUGACAUUGACCA